AGUUCCUUCUGCGCUUUGUUCAAGAUGUGGGUCUGGCGCUUUCGUGACUCAAGACCCUCUUAGGAACUUCUUCACUGAACUCAAGGAGGAGAUCAGGCAAGAUCUGUGCUGGGCAGAUCCUUUGGAUUGAGGCUGCUGUGCACAGGAAUAUGGAUGGUGAAACUGGGACUGAGGCGGAGUUAAUUCCAAAGCAUCAUUCCUGAAAGGUACAUACUUUCAAGAGAAUUCCACAGAGACGUUGCCCAGGAAGUCAAAAUUUAGAAGGCUCCUCUGAAGGGAAAGAGAAGACUAGAGAGGACACUGGUAUGUUCCAAGCAGGAGAAAAUGAGGAGAAAAACAAGAAAUUUCAAACAUAAGACAGUUAAAGACAAUAAAGUACUCACAGAAGGGAGUGACCAAGAAUCUGAAAAAGACGAUCGUCAGUGCUAUGACCCUGCAACAAACAAGAGAGUUCAGGCUGAAAAGAGACAGUAUGUAUGUACUGAGUGUGGGAAAACCUUUAGUCAGAGUGCAAACCUCACGGUACAUGAGCGAAUCCACACGGGAGAGAAACCCUAUAAGUGUAAGGAGUGUGGAAAAGCCUUCAGCCAUAGCUCUAACCUUGUUGUUCAUCGGAGAAUCCACACUGGACUGAAGCCCUAUACAUGCAGUGAAUGUGGGAAAUCUUUCAGUGGAAAGUCACAUCUUAUUCGGCACCAGGGAAUCCACAGUGGGGAGAAAACGUAUGAAUGUAAAGAGUGUGGGAAAGCCUUUAGUCGGAGUUCGGGCCUUAUAUCACAUCACAGAGUUCACACUGGAGAGAAGCCCUAUACUUGCAUUGAGUGUGGGAAAGCCUUUAGCCGUAGUUCAAACCUUACUCAACAUCGGCAAAUGCACAGAGGAAAAAAAGUUUACAAAUGUAAGGAGUGUGGGAAAACAUGUGGUUCGAAUACAAAGAUUAUGGACCAUCAGAGAAUUCACACUGGGGAGAAGCCUUAUGAAUGUGAUGAGUGUGGAAAAGCUUUCAUCUUAAGGAAAACCCUUAAUGAACACCAGAGACUUCAUCGUAGAGAGAAACCUUACAAAUGUAAUGAGUGUGGGAAGGCUUUUACUUCUAAUCGAAACCUUGUUGAUCAUCAGAGAGUUCACACUGGAGAGAAACCCUAUAAAUGUAAUGAAUGUGGGAAAACCUUCAGGCAGACUUCUCAAGUUAUUCUACACUUGAGAACCCACACUAAGGAGAAACCCUAUAAAUGUAGUGAGUGUGGGAAAGCCUAUCGGUAUAGCUCACAGCUUAUUCAACACCAGAGAAAACAUAGUGAGGAGAAAGAAACCUUGUAGGUAACAAAUAUUGUGGGUAGUAGGGCUGACUGCUGCUUUUCUAAAAAGUGGCUCUUUAGUAUCAACUUUUUAAGUCUACUUCUAAGAAUCAUACAGGGAAAAUAAUUAGAAGUAGGCAAAGAUUAAUGAAAGGGAUGUUCAUGGCAGCAUCAUAUAUGACUGAAAGAAGAAAACCAGAUUUUUAGCAUUACAGGGUUGAAAUGAAUGAUGAGCUAUCCGUGUGAUGGUUCUGCAGCCAUUAUAAACAUUUUUAAAGACAAUUUAAUGCCAUGGAGAAAUGAUUUGGAUAAGAUGGAAGAUAAAACAAUGACAUACAAUCCAAAAUUUAAAAAAAUAUUUAUGCAUAGGAAAAAUUGGGAAGGAAGUAAACCAAAAUGUUAACAGUGAUCAUCUCUGGGUGAUAGGAUUAUAGGUGACUUCUAUUUUCUUCUGUGUACUUUUCUAUGCUUUCUAGAUUUUCUACAUGAGAAUAUACUAAUUUUAUAUUCAAGAAAAAAAGCACAGUAUUUUUUAAAUGCAAUGAAGACAUGCUCCUUUUCACUCAGCAGUGUUAUGAAAGGCACAUAGUAUAUAGAGCCCGAAGCCCUGGGAUUACGCCCUGACAUUGGCAUUUAGCAGCAGUGGAACCGCAAGCAAGUCCCUUCCUUUUAGAGCAUGUUUCCUGUUUAGUAAAAUCAUAAACACCAAUCCUUUGUCUUUUUUAGUUUUAAGACAAGCUGACUUUAGAGUUGUCAACAAAAUAUAACACUGUUAGGUUAAAAGAACACAGCAAAAAUUCACUGAACCCUCCUUUCCCACAGUUGUGGAAGGAUCUGCAGAUGAUGGAAAACAACCUAGGCUUCAUCUUUUCAAUAUAUGUCUAGACAACCAG